GCAGCUCUGCUCCACAUUCCUCUUUCAGAGUAAGAGAGGGCAUUCUUAGAAAUGCUACCUACAGAGAUGGUGUUGAGAUCUUUGAGAAAGUAGCAGCUGCAGCGGUGCCUUUGAAAGAGUGGCAGUUUAAAGGCAGACGUCUCAAGACCAGAGUGGACACAGGAUCACUGCAACAACAUAUGUAUACAGCUGCACAGGCUCACCUCAACUUGUUCUUUAACUGGUAUCAACAGAACCCUAGUUUUAUUUAUUUUUUUAUUUUUCCAAUUUUUCUGUGAGCAGAAUGAAGGGCAUACAUUGCUUUACUUCAAACCUUCUGUGGAGCUGCAUGUCAUCACUUCUGGUGCUCUCCUUUACCUUCCUGUCCUUCUCCAGGGCAUCUGAAUAUGAGUAUCUCAGCUGGCCAGCAGAUUUUUUCCCUGCAUCCCGGGUCUAUGGUAAGCGGCCUCAGUGUGUGGAAAUUCCAGAUGACCUAAAGCUUUGCCAAGGGGUAGGAUACAAGCUGAUGCUCCUACCUAACUUGUUGGAUCAUGAGACUAUGUCUGAAGCCAAGCAGCAGGCAAGCAGCUGGGUCCCACUGGUCCACAAGAACUGCCACCCGGGCACACAAGUUUUCCUCUGCUCCCUGUUUGCACCCGUCUGCCUUGAGCGACAGAUCUACCCUUGCCGUUGGCUGUGUGAAGCUGUCCGGGAUGGCUGCACACCCAUCAUGCAGGCAUUUGGUUUCCCAUGGCCAGAGAUGCUGGCUUGUGAUCAGUUCCCUCAAGAUGAUGUCUGCAUUGCCAUGAAUCCCACAAAUGCCACUGAGAAACCAAAGGUGCAAGAUUCUGGUAUCUGUCCACCAUGUGACAAUGAAAUGAAGACUGAGGUGAUCCUUGACCAUAUGUGUGCCAGCGAAUUUGCCAUCAAAACGAAGAUCAAGGAGGUGAAGCGGGAAAAUAUGGAUCGCAGGGUUGUCUUGCAAAAGAAGAAGAAACUCCUGAAGGUGGGCCCUGUGAAAAAGAAGGACCUGAAGAAGCUAGUCCUUUACCUGAAGAACGGAGCUGAAUGUCCAUGUCAGCAGCUGGAAAACCUCAGUAACAACUACCUCAUCAUGGGGCGCAAAGCAGAGAAGCAGUAUCUUAUAACUGGGAUCCACAAAUGGGACAAGGCCAGCAAGGAGUUCAAAAAAGCCUUGAAGAAGAUGAAAAGCUACAAGUGUCCUGCGUAUGACGCUGUUUUCAAGUGAUUGGCAAAACUGACUGCUGAUUCCUAGACCUUUGACAGUACAUGCUUCCCUCCCACCUCCCCAUAACACUUUGUAUGCACACCAUGUGCUGGAAAUCAGACUGCUUUAUUUUUCUAAGCCCCACUUCAAAAUGAAACCAAUCACACUUUAGUCUACAAAGUGAUUUCUUACUUAUUAAUUAUGCUACCAGUCACCUUGUCCUAAAAUGCAUGUCUGAUUUUUUAGUUAAACGUUACAGGGUUUGUUUGCUGUUUUUAAUCUUCCUAUAAUUCAUAUUUAAAGUUUUCAAAAUGUACAAAUUUCAGAUUGUUAUUCAAUUUCUUUUUGUACUAAAGAUGAAUGAUUGUUAGAAAAAUAGGAAAACUGGGUUGGGGGGUAGUUGUUGAUAAAUGCUCCUUUUAGAUAACCAAUGCAUCCUGUUGGGGGUAGAUAGUAACUGCAGAAUUUCUGGAUUGCUUCAUAAUAUGGCAUUGGGUUAGACAUUUCACCAUGCAAAAUGAAUUCACACCUGUACAUAUGAGAUGUCUUACUGUUGUUUGUUUAGAUUAUGGGGGCUGAAAUCAUUGAUUUUUUUGACAGAAUGGUUUAACUGAGGCAUAUCCUGUUAGUCGUGGCUUUAAAUUUUAGAACAGAUUUUCUAUUAAUCAAAUUUCUUAUUUUCGUUUCCAGUAUCAUGUAUUUUUAAUGAUGAAUUAAUAGCAUUCUCAGAUUCAUUUUGCUUUUUCUUAAAAAAAAAAAUGACAUAUUUUAAAUCAGAAAAAACAAUAUAAUAAGUUAUUCUAAAGAUGUUUUAAGCAGAAUAUAAAAUGCCAUUGCUUACUGUGUAACACUUCUGGCUUCAUUUUUCAGUUUGUGUGUUUUUUUCCCCGAUUUAUCGUUAUUUUUCUUGGCCAUGAUUUAAACACAUCCAAGCUGUAACUCCCUUUUUUAAAAUACUGCUUUUGGGGUUUCUUUCCAGCCUUUCAGAGCUUGAAAGUAAAAUAAGGACCAUUAUCAUUUAAGAUGCCCCAAAGCAAGCAGCAGCACUUGGUUUUGGGGGGGUAAGGGUGAGGAGGAUGUGCUUUUGAACAUGGCAGAGAAUCCAGGCAUGAAAUAGUGAGCAAAAUUGCAGAAAAAUAGUCCAAAUAUACACAGGAAAAGAAAAAAAUGAAAGCCCAUACUCCCUUCUUAGCAAAGCUGGUUACUUUGAUAGUUGUAUGCAAUUCUAUUUUAAACCAUUCAUGGUAACAAAAUGUAUACAAAUGACUGACACAGAAUGCAUCCAAUCGGUGCUGAAGGUGUCCGUUUUCGGCAGUGCCAUCCAUCCUGUUCACCACCUCCCUUUGCCUUUAGGCACCCAUAAGCUGAUUGCUCUUCUAAUUUGUUACUUACUUGUUGCUUUCUGUGUUGUUGUUGUUGUUUUUUCCCUUCUUUGAUUGACUGCAUGCAACGGGUUAGUAUGAAGGCUGCCCAGUUAGUUAUAUAGCUCUCUGUCAUGUCUUUCUGUGCAGGAGAGGUAAUGAAAACUGGGACAUUCCCAUAUUCGUGGGAAUUAAAAUAGGUUAUUAGUUAUGUUUAGGAAAUGGCAAGAUGUGUGAAAAGUGCCAUCGCAUUAAAGUCAUUGAGGUAACCUUAACUUCAGGUGAAGGGCUUUGUUUCAUAGUUCUUUUGUCUUGCUAUAUACUUUUUUUCUGUUACGCAAAACUGUUAAACAAAAAAUUUAUAUUUGGGUGCAGUAGUUAUGUUUCACAGUAGUAUUACAUGUAUUGCAUUUAAUAUUCAAACAGUUUAUUAAAAGAAAAAAAGAGGAACUA